AAUCCCGCAACCCCCCAAAAAUCCUACAAAAAAAUAUUUCACCCCUUGAGGCCCUCCCUGGACCUCCCCCACACACAUAAUCAAUCAAUCGUUCAAUUACAAAUUAAAAAAUGGGCGGGGAGGAGGGAAUCUGUGAAGUGUGCGCGUCUCCAGCGAAUCUCCGUUGCACCGGUUGCAAGACCUCGUUCUACUGCACCCCAGAGCAUCAGAAACGCGACUGGAGCCACCACAAGAGCUCCUGCAGGUCCUGGAGCAUCCAGGACUCGCCGACCCUGGGAAGACACCUGGUGUCAACCCGAGACCUCGACAAAGACGACGUGAUAAUCUCUGAGGCGCCAAUUGCCUUCGGGCCAGGGCUCCACUCGGACCAAAGGGUCUGCGUGGGCUGCGGUGACCCUAGGGUGGCUGUCCGGUGCCCGGGCUGCGCCUGGUUUGCCUGCAGGCUCUCCUGCGAGGGCCUCCUGGACGACAACCGCCACGGGGUGGAGUGCAAGCUACUGGCGAAGGCCAGGAUCAUCCCCAGAUGCGAUAUUUUGCUGCCACUGAGGAUGGUGAUCCUCAAGAAGAGGAGUCCGAAGCGUUGGGAGGCCUUGUCAGCCCUCCAGAGUCAUGAAGAGUCCAGGGGACCAGGCACGGAGGCCCAUGAGGAGGCCGAAGCUGUCUUCCAACAGCUGGAGCCGAUCCUCCAGGCGUUCUCCAUGGGGCGGGACGUUAUCUCUAAAGUCUGUGGGCUGAUUGACGUCAAUGGACUCGAGACCAACCCUCCGGAGGGCUCCGUCGGGAUAUACCAGACUGCCUGCCUUCUGGAGCAUCAGUGCCUCGCGAACACGAGACACGGUUUCAUUUUGGACUCCAAGGGACGACCGAAGAUCGUUGUGAAGGCGCUUAAGCCGAUUAAAAAGGGUGAACAUCUUUCGACGACCUAUACCCACGUUUUAUGGGCCACUCGAGCUCGGCGCGAGCACCUCCAAGCGACGAAGUACUUCUCCUGUCGCUGUGGGAGAUGCGAGGAUCCGACGGAGUUGGGGAGUCACUUGGGGACGUUGAAGUGCCCCUGCGGGGCGGGAGUGAUCCUCCCCAAAGACCCACUGGACCCAGAGACCGAGUGGUCCUGCGAUUUGUGUCCAGGUCUUCUGACAUCGCAAGAAGUCUUCGAGCUGACGGAAAGACUUGGUGAAGAGGUCGAAAAUGUAAUGGCCUUGGCAAGGAAAGAAACACUAAGUGAUUUGUACUCCAGACUUCUCGUUCUUCUGCAUCCUGGUCAUCAGCACUGCAUAGCUGUCGGUCACUCGCUCAUUCAGCUCCUCCCCUCUGAAGACCCAAAAAAAAUCGAGAUCUGCAGAAGAAUCUUGGAAACAACCUCAAUAUUAGAUCCGCACGGCGGGAGGUUGGCCCUCUAUACGGCCGUAGCCCUUCGAGAACUCUCAUCCUGUCCCGGAGAAGACGCCACUGCUCACCUGACGCGAGCCAUCGAACUAUUGCGACACGAACCUGCUGGGAGUCCUGGAGACAACCUCAAAAAACUUAUAGAGUCAGAACUCUAAACAUGACACGGCAAAAUAUUAAAAUAUCAUGGGGUCGAAAAUGACCCAAUCUAAAUAAAGGCGAUACAUUAUGCGGCAUAAACUCCUGACAUACACAAAAAAAAAAUUGGGAAAUUUUUCAUUUUUUGAAACCGAUAUAAUCUAGUGGCAGGCUUUGAACUCUCAACCUUCAGAUUACGGGACUGAUGCUCUUACCAAUUGCGCUACCAGGAGUUCCUCGAAUUUGAAACAAAAAUCGAAAAAUAAAACUUAAAAAAAAAACAGAAAAUCUAUUUUGUCCCAUUAGUUUGGAAAAGAAGACGGAGAACAAAACAUUUCCAAAGUAAUGGGGCAAAAUGUGAAGGUUAUGAGGUAAAAAAUUACCUUAUCCCCUGUUACGUCGCAUAAACUCCAGAGACGUAAAAAAAUGAAAUUUUUCAUUUAUUGAAACCGAUAUAAUUCAGUGGCAGGCUUUGAACCCUCAACCUUCAGAUUAAGGGACUGAUGCUCUUACCAAUUGCGCCACCAGGAGUGCUUAAAAUUAGCAAAAAGGUUGUUCUUCGAAAUCUCUGGAAAAAAGACCAAAACAACAAGAAUCCUUUUUUUUUAAUUUGAAAAAGUUUUGUUUUUUCAUUAUAUCUUCCAAGUGAAUAGGGCAGAAUUCUCCAUUUGCUAAAUGGCACACAAAAAAUCAUCGCAAGAAUUAUUAGAAAAACUUUCAAUGAAAUAUCGAUAAUAAUCCAUAAUUUAUUGUUGAUUACAUUUUUAGAUUUUCCAAUAAAAAAUCGAACUGCAAAAUAA